AUGCUGGUCUCGACUGGUAGCAAUGGUUCACCUGGAGCAUCUGGAUUAAUUGCUGGAUUCAGUUCAAACAUUUACAAACGAGGUCAGGAAAACCCAGCUGAUAAAGAUCAGUCAGGCAAUAAUGACUCGAAUCAAGGGACUGCAUCAGAAAAAAACAGUGAGCUCAUUCGUCGAUUAGAGAGAGAAGUUGAAGACGCCGAAAGAGCAAGAGUGGCCGCAUGCAAGCCUUACUAUGAUUAUAAGGUCUUGGGAUUCGAUCAACAAAUUUUAGAAUCAGAUGGUAAAGCGAUAUCUGGAGAAAAGCACAACCCAAAAACUGAGCAGGAAUUGAAGGAAAAGUGUGACCAUGCAAGCCAAGUAAAACGCGACGCAAUACAACAAUUGGAAAAAGCCAUUGCAAGUACUCCCAAACAAGGUCAGCAAUCUCCAGCUAAUAAUCCCACUGCAAGUACUUCCAAACAAGACCGAAAACACUCAGUUGCUAAAUAUCAUUCAGAUAAUAAUGGCUCGGAUCAAGGGACUACAUCAAGUAAAAACAGUGAGCUCAUUCAUCGAUUAGAAAUAGAAUUUCAAGACGCCGAGGAAGCAGAAUCAAUCUCACGCAAUUCUUACUAUGAGUAUAGGGAUCUUGGAUUUGAACAAGAAAGGUUAAUAGCACAGGGCAAAGCGAUAUCUGGAGAAAAGCAUAGCAAACAACGUCAAGAUCAAAUGGAUAGAGAGUGGGAAGUUCGAAGGAAAAGACUAGACUUUCUGAGACAGAAAUUACGGGAAGCCAGGCUAGGCACUCCCAGUCGAGACCGAAAACACUCAGUUGCUAAAGAUCAUUCAGAUAAUAAUGGCUCGGAUCAAGGGACUACAUCAGGAAAAAACAAUGAGCUCAUUCACCAACUAAAGAUACAAGUUGAAGACGCUGGGAAAGCAGAAUCAAUCGCACGCAAUUCUUACUAUGAGUAUAGGGAUCUUGGAUUUGAACAAAAAAGGUUAAUAUUGCAGGGCAAAACGAUAUCUGGAGAAGAGUACAGCAAACAACGUCAAGAUCAAUUGGAUAGAGAGUGGGAAGCUACAAAGAGAAGACUAGACAUUCUGAGACAGAAAUUACAGGAAGCCAUGUUAGGCACUCCCAGUCGAGACCGAAAACACUCGAUUGAUAAACCCGGUCCGAGUACUCCUAAUCGAGACCGGAAACACUCGAUUGAUGAACCCGGUCCAAGUACUCCUAAUCGAGACCGGAAGCACUCGAUUGACAAACCCGAUCCGAGUACUUCUGGUCGAGACCGAAAACACUCGAUUGUUAGACACCAUUCAGAUACCGAUUCAGAUCAGGGAAUUGCACCAGCCAAAAAACAUAGACCCACUCAUCAACUAGAUAUAAAUCUUGAAAACGCUGAAAGAGCAAGAGCGGCCGCAUGCAAUUCCUACUAUGAAUAUAAAGCUACUCGACUUGAACAGAAAAAGUUGAAAUCAAAUGGUCAAAAGAUAUCUGGAAAAAAGUACAGUUCAAGGACUGAACAUGAAUUGAAAGAAACGUGUAGAAAGGCAAGUAAAGCAAAACACUACAUGAUACGACAGCUAGAAGGAACAAAUGGAAACACUCCCAGUCGAAGCCGGAAACACUCAGUUGUUAGACACCAUUCAGAUACCGAUUCGGAUCAAGAGACUUUAUCAAGAAAAAAGUAUAGGAAGCUUGUUCGUAAACUAAAAAGAAAAAUCAAAGAGUAUAAAAGGAGACGAAAGGGUGCAUGCAAAAAAUAUCGUAAACAUCAAUUCUUUGUAUCCAAACAAUGGUCAAGAUUAGCAAAGGGUAAAAGUGUAUCGAAAUCAUUCUACAGUUUAAAGGGUGAAGAGAAAUGGAAAAGAAGGUGUGAAAGACAAGGGAGAAGAGUAGAAUAUCUGGAGCAAAAACUAAGAGAACUUAUGGAUGAGCCAGAUUCAGAUUCAGAUUGA